AUGAUGGCUAAAAUUCUUAUACUGCUAUCAUUUGCAGUAUUUUCUACAUCUUUAAUAACUGAGGGAUUUUAUCAAUUUGAAGACGGCCAAGUGGUUUAUAUCAAACCUCUAACCGUUGAACAAAAAGCACAGGUUUUAGGAUGCGAUCUAGAAUGCGCCAAUACUUGCUUUGCUACAAAGACUGGAGAAGAAGCAAUUGCAUGCGAAAAGGACUGCGGAUGCAUUGAUAUUCUUGGAGGCUCAAAUCAGCUCAAGUUUUGGAAAAUACCUUUCUUUGGCAAUGUUGAUAUGGAUGAUCAGGAUGAAAAAUCAGAAGAAGAGGACGAGGAAGGAGAAGAAGAAAACGAGGAGGAAGAAGAAGAAAAUGAGGAAGAAGAAAGUGAAGAAGAAAAUGAGGAAGAGGAAAGCGAGGAAGAAGAAAGUAAUGGAAGUGAAAUAGAGGAAAGUGUAAAUAAACAAGAUGAGUAUGAAAAUCAGAAUUCUGAGCAAGAAGAAGAAAGUGUCCCAGUCUCAGAUCACGAAGAAGAAGAAGGAGCAGAGCAAGCCGCUGAAACAAAUCCAGAAGCAACUUAUACAAAUUCUGAAGAAGCUGAUGCAAGUGAAGAAAAUAAUCAAGAAUCAAGCAGCCAAGAAGAAGAAGAAGAAGUUGGGCAAAGUGAAGAGAGUAUAUCUGAAAGCACCCCAGAAGCAGAAGAAACAUUGCCAGCAGAAGCUCCUAGCUCAGAGGAGGAAAGCUCAAAUCCAGAUAUAGUCGUUUCUGAAGUGCCAACUCCAACCUCUGAAGAACAACCCAUAACCAUCGAAAACCAGCAUGCCAAAGAAGAAGCUUCAAAUGAGUCAAAUAUUGAACUCCCAUCAAGCGCCCAAGACAGCUCACAAACCUUAAUAAAAUCAGACUCAAGCAUCACCGAGUUAUCAUCAUGCAAUAAAGAAUGCUUAACUUUCUGCUCCAAAAUGAGUGAUAGCGAUACAGCCUGUGUCUCUCAAUGCAUGAGCAAUCUUUGUGGCCAAAAUAGUCCUAAAAUAGCUACACUUAGCAGUGAAGGCUUUUGGAAUAUCUUUCUGACCUUCUUAGUUUCAAUCUGCAUUAUUUACUUUAUCUAUAGGAAAUUAUACCCGUCCAAGCAGAUGAGGAGAAGACGAAACCAUGAAGCUUUUUACCAAAGCGCCAGCGAUUAUGUUCAAAUCUAA